GUUGUGUCUUGAACUUCCCACAGUGCUUUUCGCUGUACGCCACGUUAAAAUUUUAGUGCAAUUAACGUGGUUAUGUAGGAAGAGUUAAAUCAUAUCUCAAUUCUUGUGUUAUAUAUACUCGUAAACAUGAAGAACUUUAUCGUAUUGGCUGUGCUUCUGCCAGCUCUCAUUCUUGCUCUUGAUAAAGGGAGUCCUUUAGUUGCUAGAGCAGAAGAAGAUGAUGCAGAUGACGAGAUAGUUGAUGUGGAAGGUGAGAGUGACGAAAGUUCUGUAACUGAGGAGGGAGGGGAAGAAGAAGAAGCCCAACCUAGAGCCUCUCCAGAUGCAGAUACAACUAUUCUGUUCACCAGGCCUGUUAUUUCUGGUACAUCUGGAAACCUAGAGUUGCCAGCUGGAAACCUCGUUGAGUUCCUUGUUGGGUUCACAAACAAGGGAAGUCAGGACUUUAUGUUGGAAACCCUGGAGGCAUCCUUCCGUUACCCUGUGGACUUCAGCUUCUACAUCCAAAACUUCUCAACCAUUGCUUAUAACCGUGCUGUGAAGCCAAACCAUGAAGCAACUCUUGCAUAUUCAUUUAUUCCUGCAGAAGCAUUUGCUGGACGGCCAUUUGGUUUGAACAUUAACCUCAACUACAGGGACUUGGCUGGAAAUGUGUUCCAAGAAGCUGUGUACAAUGAAACUGUGCAGAUUGUGGAACUGGAGGAGGGGUUGGAUGGAGAGACGUUCUUCCUGUAUGUGUUCAUGGCAGCAUGUGUAGUAUUGAUGCUUGUAGUUGGUCAGCAGUUUCUGUAUUCUCUUGGGCGGAAGAGGGUUGGUAAAAAGCCUGUGGUUGAAACAGGCACUUCUAAUCCUAAUGAUGUGGACUAUGACUGGCUGCCCAAGGAAACAUUGAACCACAUCAAUAAAAAGGAAAGAUCUCCACGAGCACCGAAGCAGAGCCCUCGACAGAGAAAGGCAAAACGGUCAGCAGGAUCUGAUGACUGAGUUAUGACAUCUCCACUUACACCAUCUGCUGCUGUAACACCAUCAUGAUUCUUACUAUUAGCAUGAUCCUUCUGUAGAGCAAAACAGCACAAACUGGUCUCACAAUCGCCAUUCUUGUGACCAUGAUGUAAGAUGCACAUGGCUGUAGCACUCGGGUUGCUUAAAACAUUGUGAAUGACUUGUUACGUAAGUCUUUCAGUCAUUACAACGGGUUGAUGUGUAAAAAUAAUUUCAGUGAAGUGUUGUGAAUUUUAGUAUUUUGUAAUGUAAUUUUGUGAUGUUGAUUUUUCUAAAGGUGGUGUAUACAUUCCAGGAAUUAACUGAGGGAAGGAACAGGAAUUUAAUACAGACCAAAGGAAGAGAAAUGAAGUUUCAGAGAUUUACUUUGUUCUGUAUAUAGAAACACUAGUUUUUUAAGCCAGCUAGGUAUUAAAUACUGUGCUGUUGGGUAAGUUAUUUUAAAGUAACCAGGCAAGCUAGAGGAGAGAUUUCUAUUUAAAAUGAAGGAAUAGUGUGACAUCAAUUAUAUUUGUAAGGGCUGUCAAAUAAAUUGGAAUGUAUAGAUAUUGA